UCGGCACCUUGGCAGACAAGGAUUGAGGUAUUUCUGCAACAAUGGGAAAAGUUAUUCAUGCCAUUGAAGAGAUCAUCGCAGUUUAUAAAACAUAUGCAAAGAAGGACUGCAGCAAAAAUAAGCUAAACAAGGAAGAAUUAAACCAGUUGAUCCAGAAUGAGUUUGCUGAUGUCAUCAAGAAUCCAAAGGAUCCCAAUACCAUCUCGACCUUAAUAAAGAUUCUGGAUGAGAAUAAUGAUGGGGAGGUUGAUUUCAAUGAAUUCUGUGACCUUCUGUGUAAGGUAUUACAAGCCUACUACAAAGUGGUGCAUGCAUCAGAGGACACCUGUCAACAACAAACAGGGGGAACACAAACACCUAGCAAAAAAACAACUGGGAGCAAACCAGACUCUCCACCUAAAUAUUAUCAACGCCCUCUGUAUCCAAAACAUGAUGAGAACACAGAAGAACCACCUAAUUAUGAAGCAACAGAGGUUCCUAAAGAGCCAAUACAAAGUAGUGUGAACAAGCCAAAGGAUGAUACACACAAAUGUGAUGACGUCGAAACUGUGCAGAGCUAUACACAAACAGAUCCCCGUAAAACUGGACAUGGGUAUGGUACGAGAGAUUCUUCAAAAUAUGAUCUGCAAAAGGACCAGAAGACAGAGGAGUCAAAAGACCAGAAGACAGAGGACUUGCCUAAGGAAACAAAGCAGAACAGAGAAGAUUCAGACAGGUGGAAGAAACCAAUCAUACAGGGUGAAGGCCAAGAGUCUCAACCAGGCAAAGUUACACCCAAACCUCCAUUGGAGCCACAAUACAAAGACCAGACACCCCAGCCAGAUUAUGUAACACCCAGGCCUCCUGUAGAACCACAAAGCAAAGUGGAUCCACCCAAACAAGACUACGUAACACCCAGGCCUUAUGUACAGCCCCAAAGCAAAGAUCAAGUAGCCCAACCAGACUAUGUAACACCCAAGCCUACUGUAGAGUCCCAAAGCAAAGACCAAGUAGCUAACCCACACUGCAUAACACCCAAGCCUACAGUAGAACCCCAAAGCAAAGAUCAAGUAGCUCAACCAGACUACGUAACCCCCAAGCCUACAAUAGAGCCCCAAAGCAAAGAUCAAGUAGCCCAACCAGACUAUGUAACACCCAAGCCUACUGUAGAGUCCCAAAGCAAAGACCAAGUAGCUCAACCACACUGCAUAACACCCAAGCCUACAGUAGAACCCCAAAGCAAAGAUCAAGUGGCCCAACCAAACUAUGUAACACCCAAGCCUCCUGUAGCUCAACCAGACUACAUAACACCCAAGCCUACAGUAGAACCCCAAAGCAAAGAUCAAGUAACCCAACCAAACUAUGUAACACCCAAGCCCCCUGUAGGGCCCCAAAGCAAAAAUCAAGUAGCCCAACCAGACUAUGUAACACCCAAGCCUCCUAUAGAGCCCCAAUGUAAAGAUCAAGUAGCCCAACCAGACUAUGUAAUACCCAAGCUUCCAGUAGAGCCCCAAAGUAAAGACCAAGCACCACUACCAGACAAAUAUACAUCUCUGACUGCCAAGGAACAGUACACCAUGGACCAAACACCACAAAUCCCCCAACAAACUCAACAGUGGCAUCAACCUCAACAAUUUUAUCAACAAACCGUGUGCCCACCUCUAAAACCUGAACCCUCAGAGGAACAGGGCAAGCAACAUCAAGUCUCCUUACAACCACCUUCCUACAGUCAAAGCAAACAGGAUCCGUCCCAAGAACAAAAACCAGAUCAACAACCACCACAACAACCUCAGCAGCCGCAACGCCAGCAACACGUCUACACGUACCAAUACCACUAUUCUAGCCAGAAGAAGAACCCUUGAGCAGAUUACAAUACCCUAUCAUUAAUUUAUCAAGCAGGGAGCCAACCUGCACCAUCUAUAGGCUACCUAUGUGAAGAAAGCCUGCAUUUAAUGCGAUUAUAUUGAUGUAUAAUAAAGAAUUUAUGAU